AUGGUCAAUAGGUACUCCGCAGCCGGCGCUGUGCAAGAACAGUUGGAGAGAUUGUACGCAAAAGAGGCUCCAUUGAGGGAACUUCUCGUUGAGAGGCUUGAUGCAUUGCAAAAGACUAAAUAUCAAGAUGCACAAAACCUAAAAGACAAGUUCGACGCUCAGCUCCAGGACGCUGUCGAUCUCGAGCGAUUGCGCAAAUUUUUCACCAAAGCUGAGAUGGAAAAACUCGAGGAGAUGCAAAAAGCGAACGAGGAUGAACUGGCGAGAGAU